UCCAGUACACCAACGCAACCACCCUCCGCACCACCACACGCCGAGCCGUACCACUGCUACCACUCGCGAAAACCCGCAGAACGCGUGCCACCGCGCCCCGAGAUUACGUAUUUUUGUUGUUUCGCCGGACGCGGAUGAACGCCGACCGAGCGCGCGCCGCAGCCGUACAUCGAUCCGUACACGUGCGUGGGCGAUACGGCGCUAAACACAUCCCCCGCCGCCCACGAGACGCGUCUCUCGAUCGGCGAUUGUGCGAUCGCCGUCGCUGCUCGCUGCACACACUCCAGGCGACAGACGUGUACACAUCGCGGUCGCAGCACCGUUUACCGGCCACUGUACAGCAACCGCCCGCGGAUGGUGGUACCGUGUGAGUAAUAAUAACAACGCGACAAAUACCACCUACAUACGCGUUGAGUAUAAAAAUCGUAAUAAACUGCGUGUGACGAUCGGCUUAAAAUAUUCUAUUGAACCCCGUCGCGUACCGCCGCGUAUUGUAACAAUAUUAUCGUCGCAAUAUUACAAUAUUAUCGUAUCGUAUCAGUGCCGCAGUUGCCGGUGUCAACGGUCGUCCGGGUUGGCGGUGACCGACAUGGACCGCCACGCCGAACCACCGACCACAUCGGGACGCGACGCGGUCCUGCUGCUGCUGCUGCUGCUGUCCGACGACGGGACGGACCUGCUGGUCGUCGACACGCGCUGCGGCCGCGCGAACACGUCCCGCCGCUAGUACGUGAGAUCGCUGCUGCUGCAGGGCUCCGUCCGCGGCGGCGACGGUGACGACGGUGACGACGACGACGACGUCGUCGUCGACCACUGUGCAGCGAAGGUGCAGGCGGCGGAUGAGGCGACGUGGUGAUCGCCGGUGGUGGCUUGUACCGUCACAGCAGCAGGUCGUCUCUCGACACCGGUUUACGUGAUAAUUAUGGUCGUGGCCGCAACCAUGGCCAGCAUGGAUGACCACGAGAGGAAGAUUGUCGUCGAGUUCUGUCAACUGCUCGAACAGUCUAAGCAGCUAUUCAACGGGCUCCGAGACCUUCCACAAUGCGGUCAGAAAAUCUGGCAAGGGUAUUUCGGCAAGACUUUCGACGUUUAUACAAAACUUUGGAAGUUUCAACAGCAACAUAGACAAGUGUUGGACACAAAGUAUGGCUUAAAGCGAUGGCAAAUAGGUGAAAUAGCCUCGAAAAUAGGUCAACUGUAUUAUCAUUACUACCUUAGAACCAGCGAUACGAACAAUUUGAACGAAGCGUAUUCGUUCUAUUCGGCGAUAAGAGGAAGACAAUACUAUUCUCGAGUAUCUCAGGAAGAUAGGUCUGAUCUAAUGGUAAAGAAACUGAGGUACUACGCUAGGUUUAUCGUGGUGUGUCUGUUGCUAAGAAGAGUGGGAGCCAUUCGCGAAUUAUUGGCUGAGCUCGACAAGCAAAUCGUAGACUACACGAGUACGUACGAACCGGACGAUCAGUUGGAAUGGUCUUUGGUGUUGGAAGAAAUCAAGACAUUCGUAAAAGCCGACAGCAUUGUAAACGUUUUACACGCUGACCAGAGCAGUGUCAUACUUUCGCACAGGUUAACACCGCUGACUACGCCACCGGUGGAAAAAUCCACUAUGAUGAAUCUCUCGUUGCAAGAAAUCAUACUCAUAGGAAACGCGUCGGAACAGGUCAAGUUCAGCGAAAUGACGAUAGACAUGUUCCGAAUGAUGCAGACGCUAGAGAGGGAAAAAAACCGAGACGAAGUUAAUCACGUAUCCGAUCCUCCUUCAAGAGCUUCAUUUGAAAAAAGUUACUCGAUAACCAGUAAUAAAACCUUAGCGUACCCAAUGAUGGCAAAUCACGACGUGAAUAGUUCAAGAAGAGAAAAUCCUCACAAAUAUAUACUUUAUAAACCAACUAUUACUCAAAUAAUGAUGUUUUUAGCCACAGGGUUUAAAGAGCUCCCUGCAAAUGGCGUGCUACUCAUGUACGUUUCGGCAGAUGGAUGCUUUCAAACCUCAAAACACGUAAAUGAUUUGGGUUACGAUUGUGGAGGAGUCAUGGCAAGUAGCAAACGAGAGAUGGAACUGACCAAUAAAAAAGGUGUACAUGUAAAAGAAAUCCACUGCUUAUAUCCAGGAGAUCUUUACCCGUUCACUAGAAAACCAUUGUUCGUUAUUAUUGAUUCUGAUAAUAGUUUUGCCUUUCAAUACAUACCGAGGUAUUUCGGUCAUCCGUUCGUCGUGCUCAUGUCUCCCCAGGAGUUGCCGGAUAAACUUCACGAACAACUACAGCACAACGGAAGUUUGUUCACGUUGUUCUUGCAUAGCCCUUUGACUGCAUUCUGUCUCAUAUGUAAUAUCCUAACGGUUAAAAUGCAUUUAUGGGAGAGGGCCAAUUCUUACGUAGAUAGGUUCAUCACGGAAGCUAGCCGUCUGUUUACCAGCAAAGUGAAACCAGACGUGUCUUACAUACAGUUCUUCGGUGACGACUUUUUACGGCUAUUAUUAUUGCGGUACGUCUUUUGCCACGUCGUACUUCGUCAUCAUCGAGCAUUCGUUGUGAGUUAACGAUUAUAUUGUUAUUAUUUUUAUUU